AUGAUGCAGCACUUAAAUUUGAAACAAAAGUUAAAAAUUCCACCAUCAAUUAAUCGCAACUUUAAUGUACACUGUGUACUACAGAGACACAAUGAAGCAUUGUAUGAAGCCAGUUGUGUCACAGAGGAUAGCAAUGAAUUGCCAAGCACGACCCAAAAACCUACACCAAGAAGCAAUCAGCCAAAUAUAAACACUGUGUUUUCAAAUGUAGAGAGUUUUGCAUUGGGUGGUACGAAGCAUCAGAAAUUGACGCAGUCAAUAGUGGAAAUGGUUGUAAUGGACAAUUUGCCAAUUUCGCAUGUGGAAGGGAAAGGGUUCUUGCAGUUAAUGAAGCAUCAAUAUCCGCUUUAUAAAGUUCCGACCAGGAAUACAAUAAAAGCAGAAAUUGAAAAAAUGUAUAAUAGAGAAGUGGAAAAAUGUACAAAGAUGUUAUCGCAUGUGUCUAAUAUCUGUUUGACUACUGAUAUAUGGACUGACACUCAAAUGAACAGCAUGUCCGGUGUGACGGUACAUGGUUUGUUUGAAAGUAAAAAAUUUUAUGGAACAAUUAGUGUAUUUAAACUUACUCAAGCCCAUACAGCUGCACACAUCUCAGAAGUAAUAAAAGGUUCGCUUUCGGAAUUUUCCAUAAACAAAAGCAAUGUUAUUGCAGUGGUUACUGAUAAUGGCGCUAAUAUUGUUAAAUCUAUUUAUAAUACUUUUGGGAAAAAUCACCAUAUUCCAUGUUUCGCGCACACGCUUAACUUAAUUUGUGACAGUUCAUUAAAUACGCCUGAAGUCAGCAAUAUCAUCACAAGCUGCAGAGCAAUAGUGACUUGGUUUAAACGGCAUGUUAAAGCCAAUGAUAAUUUGCGCCAACUGCAAAUAUCUGCUGGAAUUUCUGAAGGCAAACAGUUAAAACUCAUUUUGGCCGUUAAAACCAGGCGGAAUUCUACAUAUUAUAUGCUUGCUCGCCUCAUUCAGUUGAUUCAAUAUGUCAGCCAAAUUUUAAUAAGCUUUUCUGACGCACCACCGAUGAUUACAACAAAAAAGAAGGAAGAAGUUAUUGAAAUGAUCGGCUUAUUAAGACCCCUGAAAGCGAUGACGACUCAAAUAAGUGGAGAAAAGUACGCCACAUUGAGUCAAGUUAUUCCACUUGCUCAUUGUGGGCGCCAACAAAUAAUGAAAAUUUCUUGCACAUCUGUGGCGGCAGAUAAAUUGAAAACGAAUAUUUUAAAACAAUUUGAUAGGCGAUUUGCAGAAAUGGAACACUCAUUUUUACUGGCGGCAUCUACUUUACUGCAUCCUCGUUUUAAGAAAAUCCAUUUCCAAAAUCCAAUUGCUCUAUCUACAGUUAUGCGACAUAUAAGAAGGGAAAUGGCUGAAAUCGAGCAUAUGGAAGACAGCAUUGGAAGUGGAAGUGAAACUUCCUCCGCCGGUGAUACCGAGUUCGAAUUAUGGGCUCCCCAUAAGUCCUUGGCCCACAAGCAGAAAAGAAACGAGAACGACUUAACGCAACCACAAGAUUAA